UUUUUUUUUUUUUUUUUUUUUUUUUUUUUGAAAAAACUAGAGCCAUUUAACAAAUAAUAAUUUGUGUUACCCAUUUCAUUUUGAUUCAAAAAUUCCCGGCCCCUUUGGAGUCGGAAGAAGGAGAUGGCAGCGAACACUAUCGUCUCCACCGGGGAUGGGGAUGACCCUCUCCUACCACAUCUCUGGUCGAUUAAAGCAGCCCUAGACAAGUUUGAUUCAUCCAAAAAUGAGGAACAUCUAUACCACCUUGUAUCUCACUGUAUCCAAACCUUCAAGCACCAUUCAGAUUAUCGAAAAGAUAUCCGAUUUCUCAAGAUCUGGCUUAUAUAUAUGGAUUUUAGUCCAGACCACAGGGCUGUCUUCACAGAAAUCGAACAACUCCAAAUUUGCUUGGAUAAAGCUUUGCUAUACGAGUCCUAUGCAUUGGUCUUGGAAGCGAAGGGGAUGAUGGGCGAGGCUCAUUUAGUGUAUCAAUCAGGCAUUUUAAGGAAUGCUGAACCAAUAGGGAGGUUGAAGAAGGCACAUGAAUGUUUUCUUGAGAGAAUGCACACAAUAGUAGGCGCCUGUUCACUUCCAAAGAUGGAUGGAGAGAAUGAGAAUGGAUAUGUGAAUCCGUGGUCCAUCUCAAUUAUAAAAAAUCUGUUGCAAAAGAUGAAUGCUCAAUUAGCAAAAUACCAAGGAUACCAUGCAAGUAGUAAAUCUUAUUCUGGGAAGGUGACAUUAUCAUCUUUGCACAAGUCAGUUCGGAAUAAAGUUAUUGAGAUAGGUGGAAAUAAGUAUCAGAUCAAGGGUUGUGCUGGUAAGGGUGGGUUUGCACAAGUAUACAAGGCGUGUAUCAAUGGUAAUGCAGACGAAGUCGUUGCUUUGAAGGUACAAAAGCCUCCGUUCCCGUGGGAGUUCUACAUGUAUCGCCAACUCGAUAAGAGAAUACACGAAAAUGAAAGAAAAUGCUUCGGAUAUGCUCAUAGAUUGCACCUCUAUUCAGACUACAGCAUUCUUGUUUCAGAUUUUUUAGCACACGGGACGCUCCUGGAUGCCAUAAACACCAACGUGUGUACGGGUGUCUCCAUGGAUGAAGUUUUGUGUAUACAUUACACAAUUGAGAUGCUGUCAAUGCUUGAAAAUUUGCAUGGUAAUGGCAUUAUUCAUGGUGAUUUUAAGCCUGAUAAUCUGUUGAUGCGCUAUGCUAGUGGCGAUCUAAGCGAAGAUGGAUUUGAGACCCGCAGUGGUCCUUGGCAUGAACAGGGACUCUGUCUUGUUGAUUGGGGUAGAGGAAUAGACCUGCAACUAUUUCCCAAGGAUGUAAAGUUCAAUGGAGAUUGUCGAACAUCGGGCUUCCGCUGUGUACAAAUGCAAGAGAAUAAACCAUGGAAAUACCAGGUUGACACUUAUGGGCUUUGUGUUAUUGUUCAUUUGAUGCUUCAUAAUACGUAUAUGGAGAUUGACAAGACACCAUCUCUCGGUGGCUAUUCAUAUCAACCCAAAUCACCUUUCAAACGAUACCAAAAAGUGGAUCUUUGGAAAAAGCUUUUCACGGAUUUGCUUAACAAUGAUAACGACGAGGAACAUUUGAAGAUAUUGGGAAACUUAAGGAAGUCAUUUGAGGACUACAUGUGCUCCAACGCUCACUUGAUAAAACAGCUAAAGCAGUCACUCACAAAGCAAAGAAUAUCAAUGUGCUCUUCCUAAAGCGUUUGUUUUUGAAACUCAACCAACCCACUUCAAGACUGGACUGGUUUAUUAUAACCUGAGUAUGUAAGAUGUUUAAAACUACUUGUUUGAUGUUCAAUAUAUAAUAUCUAGAAACUGUUGAUAGUUGUUGAAUGGGGUGUGUUUGAAAAGUA